GCUUCCGGUGUGGGUGCCGGAAGCGGUGUGUGCGGCCUCCUCCUUCAUCCUGGGUGCCCGUGGCAAGCCAGGAUGUGGUUCACGUACGCGCUGAGCUGGGCCGCGCUCCUCAUCCAGGCCGCCUUCGUCACCCUCGGCAUCGCGGCCGGAUUGUACUACUUGGCGGAGCUGAUUGAGGAGUACACGGUGGCCACCAGCAGAAUCAUCAAGUACAUGAUCUGGUUCUCGACGGCGGUGCUGGUGUGCCUGUACCUCUUUGAGGGCUUCCCGGGCCUGAUGGUCGGCGUGGGUCUCUUCACCAACCUGGUCUACUUUGGGCUCCUGCAGACCUUCCCCUUCAUCAUGCUCACCUCCCCCAACUUCAUGCUCUCCUGCGUGCUGGUCGUGCUGAACCACUACCUGGCGUUCCAGUAUUUUGCAGAAGAGUAUUAUCCCUUCUCAGAGGUCCUGGCGUACUUCACCUUCUGCCUGUGGCUGGUCCCCUUCGCCUUCUUUGUCUCCUUGUCAGCUGGGGAGAACGUGCUCCCGUCCACAGUCCAGCCCGGAGACGACGUGGUCUCGAACUACUUCACGAAAGGGAAGCGGGGCAAGCGCUCCGGGAUCCUGGUCAUCUUCUCCUUCAUCAAGGAAGCCAUCUUGCCCAGCCGCCAGAAGAUGUAUUGACUGGCCCUCCGCCCGGCCCUUCCGUGGGGGCUUCCGCUGGCCGACCCCUCUCCCUGAGCCUCCCCCCGAGGGACGCGGGGCGCCUGCCCAGUCGGACUCCGCAAGGAAGGCGCUGGAGCGGCCGCUGCGCAGAACACUCUGGUAUAGUUAGGUGUGCUCCAGGGCGCCUCCUGCAACCGCAGGAUCCUGUUGUCGUCUUGUGGGAGCCAAGACCUUCUUUCUGAAAAGGGACUUCCUCCAUGGGUCUCUCCUCUGCUUCGUUGUGAAGGCAUUCCGUGG